AUGGCCCGCCUCUGCCACUUCUGUUCCUCCCUCAACUUACAACGCUCCGACUUCACCUCUCCACCCUGGCUCCCGGAAGAGCGCCGUAACGUGGACGUCUGCACCAGAACCUUCGCCUCGCUGCGAGAGUCGCGUUCGGCGUGCGAACUCUGCAACCUUAUCUGGUAUGCACUCGAUAAGAGCGACUCAAAAGCUCUGUCAUCCGGCCAAGACAGCGACAUUUGGAGUCUACAAUGGGCACAGAACACUUACGACUGGCAGCCUGACGAUGAGACAGAGGGUGUCGAGGACAAAUUUGGCUCGGCCCUAUACCCCUGCUUCGAAGGCGUGAGGCAGGACUAUGGUAUUCAGCUUAUCGAUGAUGCAGAUACUGACGGCUUUCUGCGUGGUCGACUCGUUGGCGAGGAACUUGAUGUGGAUCUGAUGCGGAAGUGGAUGGACCGAUGCAAGACGCAACAUGCCUGGCGCUGCGAGAGGACCUUCCUGACUCCGAGGAAAAUAGAGGCUACAGAUCUGGCGUGGUUGACGGUGAUUGAUGUCGAGGAUAUGUGCCUACGCGAUCUGUCAAUGUCUGAGCUGGUGACGGAUAUGACGGAUAUGGUGAAGCCGUGGGCUGGACGCUAUGUUGCUUUGAGCUAUGUCUGGGGCAGCAGCAACAACGUGCUCACGUUGAGAUCGAACGAAGCGCAGUUCCGAAAUUCUGGUGGGCUGGAUAUGAAGCUGCCACUGACCAUACGGCACGCUAUGGAGGUGACCAAAGCUCUCUCACAUCGGUACUUGUGGGUUGAUUCGCUGUGUAUCGUGCAAGAUGAUGAUAGCACGAAGCAAGCGUUGAUGGAUGUUAUGGAUGCCAUCUAUAGCAGUGCUGAUCUAACCAUCGUAGCCGGUACUGGCACUGGAGCAAAUUCCGGGUUGUCUGGCUGGUCGGACAGGUCAGAAAGAUCACAGCACUUGGCGGUUGUGGACGACGAUCUUCGAGUUGGGAUACUUCCGUACUACCAACGCGAGCUGCUGGACAGUCACCACAGUCAGCGUGCUUGGACGUACCAGGAAACCUGCCUGUCUCCACGGUGCCUGAUCUUUCUCAAUGGCUCAAUCUAUUUCAACUGCAGCGUGGGAGUUUUCUCCGAGCAGGUACACGCAGAGGUGGCUGGCGUAUAUCCAGAAUCUUCGGCGAACACACUUGGUAAGGAUGACCAGGCGCAGUACAUCCUACAAGGUUGGACGCAGCAUGUCCAUUCGUACACGAGACGAUCCUUGACGUACCAGCUCGAUGGCCUGAACGCCUUCAAAGGCCUCAUACGCGCAGCACCUCUUACACUGAUCGUUGACGAGUCCCUUUAUGCUAUGCCAGCAUCAUGCUUCGACUGGGCAAUCUUGUUCGCUGGCACAGGGUCGCUCAUAAGAAGGCCAGAAUUCCCGAGCUGGUCCUGGGUGGGAUGGCAAGGAGAAGUCCAAAUGUCUCUGCCGACUCACAGCAGAUACGACCAGAUGUGGCUCCUUCAAGGUACAUGGAUUGACUGGUAUCGUGUCUCAAGCGUUGAAGGCACCUGCGAUGCGAUCACAUCAAAAUGGGGCGACUUUUUUCGGCGAGCUCGUGAGAUCGUUGAGGCCCUCGAUCACGGCCAAGCCAUUCGCGAUACGGCUAAUGAUCCCAAAGCCGUGGACAGUGAAAAUGAGUCAGAUGGGGAGGGUGAAAACGAAGCACCAGUGUAUGCGAGAUCUCCGGACGACCCAUUCGGCCGACGGCUUCAUCCAGAGGCCAUGCGACUCAUUCCUGCGCGCCCAGGUGCUGCGUACAAGCAGACUUCAUGCUCGCCACGAGAUAGUCGGCUUCUCUGUUUCGCUGCACCUUUCGUUAGCGUUCAGACGACGACACGCAGAAACCCGUCUCGCAUGGACUCAGAAGCGACAUUAUCCUUAAUUGACCGGCUCGGUCGAGUGUGCGGAUCGAUCUCCGUAGCCAGUGAGGCCGGUAGCACGAGCGUGAGUACCGUGAAGCUGCUCCUCCUGUCAGUGACAGCGUAUGGCGACCUCAGUCAGUAUCAUGCCAGCGGUCUGACCGGCGAGAUCUUCCGAGAGUAUGAAGCGGAGGACGACGUGGGUGAGUACAUCGAGGAAGGCCCUGAAGGACUUGACUACUUCAAGUUCUUGAACGUCAUGUAUAUCGAGGCAACGAGGCGCACUGUGACGUUGCAUACCGGCGGAAACGACAAGCAGGCUGUUGUCCAUGAAAGAGCCGGUCUUGGCUUCAUCUAUCGCGAAGCAUUGCGCCAUGUCGGUGAGAUCUCGUGGGACGGGUUCGUGCUGCGGUAG